UUAGCUCACACACAGUUUCUGCACUUUUUUUAUCUUUGCCAUUCCUCACACCCCAUUUAGCCCCCAAAAAGCCCAUGGCACCUUCACAACGUGGUUAGCCAACAAAAAACCCCCACCUUAAAAAUCGAAGCUUUAUCAUCGUACUACCAAGAUUGUUUCAGCUCAAUGGAUCGCAGGAGCAGCUUGUUGCUGCUGACGGGUUUCUGGGUGUUGUUCUCCGCUUCAUCGCAGGUCGAAAACGACGUGAGAUGUCUGAGGGGCAUCAAGGACAACCUCAAGGACCCUCUGAAUCGCCUUGCCUCGUGGCAGUUCAACAACAACACCGUGGGUUUCAUCUGCUCCUUCACCGGCGUGACUUGCUGGAACGAGAGGGAGAACAGGGUCUAUGGUCUGAAUCUCCAACAGCUGAAUCUCUCGGGUCAGAUCCCCAAGUCGUUGGAGUACUGUGGUAAGAACUUGCAAAAUUUGAAUCUUGGGUCAAACUUAAUCACUUCUGAGAUACCGAGUGAGAUCUGUGAUUGGAUGCCGUUUUUGGUGUCACUUGAUUUGUCUGGUAAUGAUCUUUCUGGGCCUAUUCCAAUUACCCUUAAGAAUUGUUCUUAUUUGAAUGAGUUGGUGCUUUCAGAUAAUCAUCUUUCUGGUCCUAUUCCUUUUGAAUUUGAGAGUUUGAUUAGGCUUAAGAAGUUUUCUGUGGCUAACAAUGAACUUAGUGGGACUAUUCCUUCAUUUUUUAGUAAGUUUGAUAAGGAGGACUUUGAUGGGAAUAGUGGGUUGUGUGGACCUCCUCUUGGAUCCAAGUGUGGUGGUUUGAGCAAGAAGAAUCUUGCUGUUAUUAUUGCUGCUGGGGUGUUCGGUGCUGCUGCUUCAUUGUUGCUUGCUUUUGGGUUGUGGUGGUGGUAUCAUUUGAGGUUGAGUGGGAGAAAGGAGAAGGGAGGGUAUGGGGUUGGGGGUGUUGAUGAUUGGGCUGUUAGAUUGAGGGGUCAUAAGCUUGUUCAGGUUAAUCUUUUUCAGAAACCUAUUGUGAAGGUUAAGUUGGGGAAUUUGAUGGCUGCAACAAACAAUUUCAAUGCUAAGAAUGUUCUUUUCUCCACAAGGACGGGGACUACUUAUAAGGCUGAUCUUCCUGAUGGAUCAACACUCGCAGUGAAGCGGCUGAACACCUGUAAGAUUGGGGAGAAGCAGUUUCGAAUGGAGAUGAACCUGCUAGGCCAAGUUAGGCACCCGAAUUUGGCACCCCUUCUUGGGUUUUGUGUUGUGGAAGAGGAGAAGCUGCUGGUUUAUAAGCACAUGUCGAAUGGGACUCUGUAUUCCUUGUUGCAUAAGAAUGGCAGUGUAUUGGAUUGGCUGAUGAGGUUCAGGAUAGGCUUGGGCGCGGCUAGGGGUCUUGCCUGGCUGCACCAUGGCUGCCAUCCUCCCAUUAUACAGCAGAACAUUUGUUCCAAUGUGAUUCUUGUUGAUGAAGAAUUUGAUGCUCGGUUGAUGGAUUUUGGACUCGCGAGACUUAUGACAUCUGACUCUAGUGGUAGUUUUGUGAAUGGGGAUUUGGGGGAACUCGGCUAUAUAGCUCCGGAAUAUCCAAGUACCCUGGUUGCUUCAUUAAAAGGUGAUGUUUAUGGAUUUGGGGUUUUGCUUUUGGAGUUGGCCACCGGACGCAAACCUCUUGAGGUGAGCAAUGAUCAGGAAGAAUUUAAGGGUAGCUUAGUGGAUUGGGUAAAUAUGCAUUCAAGUUCUGGUCGAAUCAAGGAUUGCAUUGAUCGAGCCAUAUGUGGAAGGGAACAUGAUGAGGAGAUUCUGCAGUUUCUGAAAAUUGCAUCUAAUUGUGUUGUUUCUCGCCCCAAGGAUAGGUGGUCUAUGUACCAGGUUUAUCAUUCCUUAAAGAGUAUAUCCAAAGACCACAGUUUCUCUGAACAUGAUGAUGAAUUUCCCCUGAUCUUUGGUAAGCUAGAAAAUGAGCCAGCAUAGUUGUGGAGGAGAGUAUGACAGCAUGAAAAGAAGAUCUAAACGUUCCAACUGAACUUCAUAUUAUAGUGGAGAGUUUUCAGAAUGGUCUUAAAGUUUAUGGUUUGAGCAUUUCCAUGGAUGAUCCUAAUCAGGUACUCGAGGUGAAGGAAUUGGGACUUCCCUAGGGAAGAAGUCGGUUUAGGGCAUGAGAGCCUUUGUCCUUUUGGCUUGGCGUAAAUUGGAAUUUGUAGCAUGAUAGGGUCAUUGUUUUGGAAUUGUAUGUGUGUGUGAUGUAGUUGAUGGAAAGCAUAUAUGGUCAUAAUUGUAUCUAAUUGAAAGUAAAGCCAAGUAUGUCGUAGAUCUUGAUUUUUGGUUAUAUAGAGGUUAAAAUGAACAUUGUAAUGCAUUUGAUGGUUUGAUACCAAGUU